AUGAUAACUGCAGUUUCUACAAUUGCAUGGUUACUUUCCUUUUUAUAUAUUUUGACUUUUUCAAAUUGUGAAGGUUCAAUCAUUUCUAGAACUUUGUUUAUUUCUCCGAAUGGCGCAGACACCUUAUCCUGCGGAAAGCGAAAUGAACCAUGUAGAUCUCUUGAUCACGUUUACAGCAUGUCUCUUUCUUCCGGCUUUAACUCCACGCGUUUAUCACUUGGAAAAGGUAAAUACAAGCUUCGUAAAAGUCUGACUUUUAUCAGAGUAAAGGAUUUUUGCAUUGCUGGCGAUGAAGAAGAAAAAACGACUGGGCCAAAUGAAGUGGAAAUAUCUUGUGAAGCCGACGCAGGCAUCGCGUUUUUCUUAAGUCAAAACAUAACUCUUCGAGGACUCAGAUUGUUAAACUGCGGGACCUGGCAAGAAAAUGCCGUUUUAUUUCCAAACGCUACAGUUUUGAAGUUCAAGACGGCGAUUAACUUUGAUUACUGCAGAGAUAUUAGGAUGCAAAACGUCGAUAUCUCGAGGUCAAUCGGCAGUGCGGCUCACUUGAAUGAAAUUGGUGGUUUGUUAGAAAUGUCAAACUGUCGUUUUGUCAACAAUUCAGCAAACAUGGAUGCUUGGAUUACCAAUUCCACGAGCAGAAGGGAAAAAAACGAGCAGGGGCAGCAGCAAGAUGCCCUUUAUCUCGUUUCCGGGGGUGGUGUUGUCGUAAGUCUAAACAAGUACAGCCGACAUCGUCCGAGCUUCAUGAGUGUCACGCGUGAAGAACACUCAACUUAUGUACGUGGCAACAAGUACUUUUUCACUGACUGCAGCUUUCUCAGAAACGAGGUUUCCAGUGAAGACCGCUUUCCGGAUUAUUUCAAUGAAACAUUUUAUCAUCCGUUUACUGAAGGAGGGGGCCUCGGUAUUCAUUUCCACGGUGUUUCCAGCAAUUCCACCGUACUUGUUAGUAAUUGUACGUUCUCAGACAAUAAAGCACCAUGGGGAGGAGGGCUUGUAGCGGAAUUUACUGAUCACAGUAGCGAAAAUUGUCUUCUGGUGGAAAAUUGUUUGUUUGAACGCAACGUUGGAUAUACCGCGGGUGGAGGAGCGCGAUUAGGAGUCAUGCUUACACGUGGUGUUUCUGUUCCAAUGAACGAGGUGCGCUUUGUCAACGCAACAUUUCGACGUAACUCGGGACGUUGGGGAGGCGGUGUCUCAUUGUAUGGCACGUCUGUUUUCGUCCAAUGCAGACAUCACUUGGACUCUCGAAGCACUUUCAUUUUUCAGUCAUGCCACUGGAUUGAAAACCACGCAACCAUCGGAGCAGCAAUUGGUGCAUUUCUUUUUAACCAAAAUGCAGAUCACAUUGGGCCCGAAGUUCCUGUUCAUGCUGAGUUCAAAAGCUGUACGGUCACACACAACCGAGUCGACACCCAGGAACCCAAUGUUCGGAUUGGAGAGGGUACGAUCUACAGCUUUGGAAUAUCGCUUAUCUUCCGAGGAAAAAUGAUCAUUACCAACAACACUCUAACAGCUCUUGCACUUGAUGGCAGUACUCUCGAACUUCACGACGACGUUGAAUUUGUUGAAAACGAAGGAUUUCAUGGCGGCGCGGUGGCAAUGUAUGGACACUCUAAGAUUUUGCUCUGGAAGAAUUCUUCAGUCUUGUUCAGGAACAAUUCUUGUAGAGAUAAAGGUGGAGCUAUGUUCGUUUCCGCACCUGGUUCGCCACAGAUAAGUUACAAUGUAACUGGAAAAGACCCACAAAGUUGCUUCUUUGCCUACGAAGAUCAUAGUACGAGUGGGUUCGACAACUGGGAGGCGCAGGUUGUCUUUGAAGACAAUCGAGCGCCCAACGAUUCGUUAGGAAACUCUGUGUUUGCAACGACUCUCGAACGAUGCCUAGAGGCUGGAGAAACGCGAGUUAAGAAUAAAGCUUUGCACUGGAAUUUCGUAAAGUACAUCACCAAUCACAAUGCACUGCAAAACCACACGAGAGUAGAAAUCGCUACUGAUCCAGUCGAUAUCCUCUUCGAUGUGAAGGACUGGAUUGUGUCACCAAGUCAAGUUUUUAAUCCAGUUGUUAGGCUUGUUGAUGAGAAAAGUAAUAUUGUUUCUGGAGUUGUAAACGUCAAGUUGAUGGGAUUCACAAAUGGCGAGGGAGACGAUGCUUCGUUAGUGUAUUUACAAACCCCGUCAUCGCUGUUUCUCGCUGAUGAAAAUGUGUCACGUCUCACACUGGCUGGUGAAGUAGGGAGAGGAUUCUCUGUGGUUCUUCGACAUAUUGGGCGGCAGGUUCUUCAGAAGGAAAUUAACGUCAGUUCGGGCCUUACACCGUGCCAUCCCGGGUUUAUUUUAAGCAAGGGGAGCUGUGUGUGUCAAAAACAAUCGGAGGGAGUCUCGAGAUGCGACGAAGACGGAAAGACCGUCUUUCUCAAGCGUGGCUUCUGGGCUGGGAUGGUGAAAGGAAACUUUGUUACUUAUCGAUGUCCAAAAACCUAUUGUAAUUGUCCCCGGACUCAGGAAACGAUAGCUGCCGAGGAUGAAUGCGUCUUUGACGCCGAGAAACUGUGCGCGGGCAACAGGGAAUCAGGAAGUAUCUUGUGCGGAAAAUGCAAGCAAGGUUUCAGUGUGGUGGGAGGAGACACUAAAUGUUAUGAGUGCGGGAAGUAUGGUUUUAUUGGCUCAACCUGUUUGCACCUGGUUGUUACCUUGGUACUGGUGAUGCUCAUAAUGUUUUUCGACAUCGACGCAUUUACAGGGAGUCUUAGUGCUUUCCUAUACUCUUACCAGGUCGGUGCAUUUUAAGUAAAAUCUAGUCCGACAUUCCUCAUUCACAAUCCUAUUACAGUUCAGUAUUGUUUUUUUUUUUUCCGAGUUAUAGUAUAUCAUCUAAGGGCGGGGUGGGGGAAGGGGGGGUUGGGAGAGGGAAUUGGCUGUUCAUAGCAGUACCAUUAGUCGAUCUUUGUUAACCGUGCAAUAAAUUGGCAUUCCAUCCAGAGGGAACGGGUGCGUUUUUAGCUUUUUCUUAGCUGGUGUAGGUUAGUCAACUCUUCGAUUCCUUCAUAUCGGUUUUGAUGCUCCGAACUGACAUAGCUACGACAACAUUGUUACCCAGCGAAUAUUCUACCAUCUCAUCAAGAGAACAAUAGCAUAAUAUUUUAGUUACUUCAUAUUCUAUAAACUAGAAGCUCUUCCUUUGAUAGACAGUCUUGGAGGUGGGGUGGUGAAACAGUCCCAGUCAGACCAAAGUUUACGACGCAUAUUCGGCCGUGUGGUACUACCUGUUUACACACUACAAUAGGUGUACAACCAUCCAGUGGAUAAGUGGCUAAUAAUAGGGAGCUCACGCAAUAGGACGGCAGAAAGAACAAACGCGUGACAGGGCUAUUACUUACGUGUUUUGCAGUGAUCUUCACCCUAUGUUACUGUGGUCAAACAUAAUUAUUGUUAAAGUUGUCACACUACGUUUACCACAUUAUUUCCUCUGCCAUCCUAUUGGGUAAGUUCGCUCCAUAGCGGUCUUUAACUGUCAUAUGUGCCUAUGUCUGUUCAGAUCUCCCGUUCAAAGGGUUUAGGGAUAACUCUUUGAAGAAGAUGGUAAAGACCGGGGGGGAGGUACUCAAGGGAAGUAUGGGUAGAGGUGUGCCACUGAGCCCUUCAAUCUUUCACGGCCCUGAUUCAUUUCGUUUCUCACAGGAACCAACUCUUUUUAAACUCACAUCAUGGGAUAAGAUUUUUUUGAAAAAACAAAAACUAUUCAUGUAGUCCGCGCAUCGCUAACCUUCGCGCUCUUUUUAAGACUUCCGGUCCGAAAAGACACCCUGUUCAAGACGGUAAAUAGUGAAAUUGUAUACCCUGUUUAAGACUGAGGACCCUGCAAAACCACACCCUGCCGUUAAGUACCAUACCCUGUUCGCCUUUAAGGGAGUGAACCCCAGAAAGAGAUACAGACUCAAGCCAGUUACACAGGAAGCCAACUUUCUUUUCUUUCAGGUAAUAUGGCAAGUCACUGGAGACGGGUUCACUUUCAGAGACCCUGUCAUGCAGUUUAUAAUUCACGCCGCAAAUUUCCAAGUCAUAUACGUUGGAACUCACUUCUGCUAUUGGGAUGGCAUGGAUUAUGCAGAUAUGCUUUUCAUCGCCAUGUGCUUUGAUGUUCUAACUAUACUGAUGGUGAUAAAGUUAACUAAACUAGUUACUAAGUACCCAAACUGCUGGUUCAGUAGACGUGUAAAGGCACCUUUUCGCGCCGUUUGUACCAUCUGUGUUAUCUGUUAUACUGGAAUUACAUACCAGUGUCUUCGUAUUUUGCAUCCAGCUGUUAUAGGUGAUACGACAGUCUUGUACCUUAGCGGGGAUAUUGAAUUCUUCCGCGGUAAACACGCUGUCUACGGGUCAAUCGCUUUACUGUUCACGGCUCUUUUCGUGGUACUGUUUCCACUCGUUUUGAUGUUUCGUCCGUUCUUUCGGCGCUGUCUUAAACCAGUGUUCAACCUUAAUCACUUAAAGCCUAUAUUUGACGUGCUGCAGAGCAGUUUCAAAGACCAGUACCGAUUUUUCGCAGCCUUUUACUUUGUGUGCCGCUUGAUCCUGCUCGUCAUUGGUACUUAUGUUCCAGAAGGUCCUCUGAAAAGAUCGCUGAUAGAGGUCGCCUGUGUCGUGAUCCUUUCCAUCUUCACUUUCUUGAAGCCUUACAAGCGAUCCAACGAUAUGGAAGAAGGCAGGUCAAGCUUUAGUUGGGUGAACAAGUCGGAUGCGCUUCUGUUACUCAACUUAGCCGUAAUGGCCGUUUUCAGUUCUGCUACCACAAACUAUGAUAUCAGGAAGGGUAGUAGGAUGUUUCUGAUUGUGCUUAUUCAUAUCUUGGCUUAUGUUCCAUUUGUUGCACUAUUUUCGCAUUUGUACAGAAACGUCAAAGGGCAACAAUGCUGGAGUGAAUGGUGUGACUACGAAGAGAAAGAAGACCUGCCACCUGUUACAGACACUGUGGCUUAUACUUGUGCAGAAGGGAACGAGACGGUAAGGGUCUCUCGUUGUUCUUCUGACACUGAAGACUGA